AUCACACAAAAGUAUCAUUUAGAAUUUGACAGCUGUUAAUACAAUUAUGUUUUGCACUUUCUUAUGUAAACUACAUGUAGGGGUUUUUUUUGUCUUUGAAUAAGUGCUUUCGUCCUUUUCAUUACUUAAGCGGUGCGGACUGUACUGUGAAGAAGGACCUGUAACGUGAGCUAAACGAAUGAAUGCAUCCACGCCAAACGGCGAGUGGCCUCGCAUUUGCAGGCUAACCGGCUAGCUAGAGAUUGUCACACUUUCAAUGUGUAUUUUGUAUUACGAAUAGUAAAGUGAGUGUCUCUCAGGUGUAAACAUGAUUGACACAGAGAAGAAGUCAGUGGGAGUUGACUCUUCUGCAAAGGAGGCCAGUGAAAAGAAGAAAGAGAUUGAGAAGAAGGAGAGUGAAAAGAAAAAGAGGUCAAGGGUGAAACAGCUGUUGGCAGAUGUGAAGAAGCAGGUGGAGUUCUGGUUUGGGGAUGUCAACCUCCACAAGGAUAGGUUCCUGAGGCAGCUCAUUGAGCAGUCAAGGGAUGGAUAUAUUGAUAUUUCUGUGUUAACCACCUUCAACCGAAUGAAAAAGAUGACUACUGAUGUCAAGCUGAUAGCAAGGGCUUUGAAGAAUUCAUCUGUAGUUGAGGUGAACCUAGAGGGAACAAAAGUACGGCGACAGCAUCCACUAGGGGAGGGUCCGAAAAACGUGGAUGAGCGGACAGUAUACGUGGAGCUGCUCCCCAAAAAUGUUACGCACAGCUGGAUAGAGCGGGUGUUCAGCAAGUGCGGCACGGUGGUUUACACCAGCGUCCCUAGAUACAAGUCUACCGGACAGCCAAAAGGCUUUGCCUUCAUUGAGUUUGAGACGGGGGAGCAGGCACAAAAAGCCAUAGAGAUGCUGAAUAACCCUCCUGAAGAUGCUCCCAGGAAAGCAGGCAUAUUCCCCAAGACCAAGAAGAACAAGCCUGUGCCUCUCCCAGUCUCAGAGGACACGGCGCACGAAGAGAAGAAGAAGAAGAAGAGGAAGAAGUCGCGCAGCAGCCGGAAGGAGUGCGCUGCUCAACCGGCACCUGAGACCAAAGAGCAGGAAGCGGAAACGGUGCCAGAGCCGUCCGACAGGAAGAGGAAGCGUGUGACGGAGGGCGCGGAGAACGAAGACGUGGACGUGCAGAAGACACCAGCCAAGCGGGAGAAGAAGAGGCGGCGGUCCCGGAGCGUGGAAGGUUCUGGAGGCGACACCCAGGACGAGAUGCCAUCCAAGAUGAGGAAGAUCAGUGAGAUAGAGGAGGCAGAAAGUGAGGUCAAAGUUGAUGGUGAUAAGAAGGAGGAGAAAGAGGAGGAGGAUGAGAAGAAAGACGAUUCUCUGCUGAAGGCCAAGAGGAAGAGGAAGAAGAAGCAUAAAGAAAGACUAAAAAUUGGCGAAGAGGUAGUUCCUCUCCGAGUUCUCUCCAAGAAAGACUGGCUGGACCUGAAGCAGGAGUAUUUAACUCUGCAGAAACGCAGCAUGGCCACUCUGAAGAAGUCUAUGAUGAGCCAGAAGGGCAAUGGGGAAAUGGAGAUUGAAUCCAGUCUACAGGACAAACAGAUUGCCAAAGAGAACACUAAACAGCCGUGUGACAAAGAAACUUCCCUCGGCCCCCAGUUUGAGAGUGGAGUCAUCGUAAAGAUCACACAUAGCCAGCCUCUACCUGGAAGAAAGUGUGUCAAGGACGCCCUGUCAGAAGUGUCUGGGGUGGUGUACGUAGACAUUCUGGAAGGAGAUGCAGAGGGGCAUGUCCGCUUCAAGACCCCCGAAGACGCCAAGGCAGUGAUCACGGCUCGCUCUGAGAUCCAAAGAAAGCACAACUGGAAACUGGAGAUCCUCUCUGGUGAUAAUGAGCAACGAUACUGGCAGAAGAUCUUGGUAGAUCGACAAGCCAAACUUAACCGUCCAAGGGACAAAAAACGAGGCACUGAAAAGCUCAUUGCCAAGGCUGAGAAGAUAAUCAUAGCCCGGGCGAAAGAGGCAAGUAAGCACAUCCGCUUCCUGGACGACUGAAGUAGCCGGAAGGUUUUCUCCUGCUGAUGUAUCUCACGGCUGUGGGCAGCAUUCCCUCUCCAUUUGGCAAUGUUUUCUACUCCUUCGUGAUGAAUUUGCACCGAGUGAUUGUGGCCUAGUGUGGCUAGGUUUUUUGAAUGCGCUGUUUAUUUUCAGGUGAUGUCUUUAAUGGGAUACGUUUUUUUUUCUUUCUCUCUUU